AUGCGCUGCGAAUGGACCUGCAUCGACAAACCGUUGAGCAUCUUGUUUGCGCGACUGGGUCGUUUUGUGGCACGGCACCCCCUGCUCCUGUUCUUUGGCCCCCUUCUGGUGACUGGGAUUCUUGGGACGGGUUUUUAUAGAUUCCAGCAAAUUUUGGACGUGGAAUAUUUGUUUACGCCGGAACACGGUAGGGCAAAGGCGGAGCGAGACACGGCGCGGAGACUGUUUCCCAGAACGGAAGAUUUCGACCCAGUCAGAAACACCGAAGCCGGCCUCUAUGUGAGGUUUAUUAUAACACCCAAAGGUAAAACGAACAUACUAGAUCGAGGCAUUUUGGAGGAGAUAUUGGAGGUUCACAACCAAGUUUUCAAUUUCACUGUGUAUGGGAAUGACGAACAGGAGUACAAAUUUCAAGACCUCUGUGCCAAAUGGAAAGGCAAGUGCGUAGAAACAAACCCACUUCUUUACGCUAUUGGGUACAAUUCAUCCAACAUCGAUCGAACAAGACUCUCCUAUCCGUUUCACCAAAUCACGGCAACGCACCAUGUGACACUGCCGAACGGUUCUACAAUAUACCACACCGAAAGGCGGCCGAUAUUCUUAGGCAACUCAUUAGGAGGGAUUAGGCUGGAUGCCGGCGGCUCCAUAAUAUCGAGCACUGCAGCUCAGUUAGUGUACUACCUCAAUGAAGACCUGAACCCGAAGCUGGGGAAAACGUGGGAGAAGCAGCUGACGCUCGGCAUUAGCUUGUGGAAUCUGUCCAGAAUCGAUAUAACUUAUUUUACGUCACAUACCCUGGAGACAGAGCUGGAGCACAAUAGAGAGCAGAUACUGCCGCUGUUCCGCAUCACCAUUGUACUGUUGAUUGCGUUCUCUAUGCUCUCCAGCAUGACGCAGGACUGGGUUCGUAGCAAACCAUGGCUGGGACUGCUGGGUGUGAUGUGUGCGGGUCUAGCAGUCCUGUCCACCUUCGGCCUGUUCAUGUAUAUCGGCGUGCCUUUCAACGACAUUGUGGCCUCCAUGCCCUUUCUCGUGCUGGGGACUGGAGUGGACAAUAUGUAUAUCAUGAUAGCCACCUGGCGGCAGACGGACCCAAGGGAACCCGUGGAGGAGCGUCUUGGACUGACGUACGCAGAUGCCGCCAUUUCUAUCACCAUAACAACCGUAACUGACGUCAUUUCUUUUGCCAUUGGAGCUUCAACCGAUUUUCCUUCGGUUAAAGUUUUCUGUUUGUACUCGGGAGUCGCAGUUCUUUUCACAUACCUCUACCAACUGACCUUCUUCGGCGCGUGCAUGGUCAUCACUGGGCAUCGUGAGAAUGCCAGCAGACACUGCCUGACUUUUAACAAAGUAAAACCAAGAGGAACGGCAGAAAAGCAAAAUAAAGCUUACUGGUUCUUCUGCGCAAGCGGAACACCAAAGGUAGUUCGUGAAAGAGACGACCUCAAUCCACAUUUCCUCAUGAUGUUCUUCCGUGACUAUUACGCCAAAUUGAUAUCUUUCACUCCUACGAAAAUCAUAGUCUUACUGUGCUAUGGCGCAUAUUUGACUGGAGCAAUAUGGGGAUGUACCAAAGUAAAGGAAGGAAUAGAGUUCAAAACAUUCGCGGCAGACGACUCUCAAACGGUUGUGUUCUACGAGUCCGAAGAAGAAUUCUUCAGUCAUUUUGGGCCAAAGAUACAAAUCAUCAUUGAGGAGAAAAUGAACUACUGGGAACCGGCCAUUCAAAGAGAUUAUCGUAGCCUGUUUGAUGAGUUUCUGAGCCAUUCUGACUAUUUUGAUGAGAAAAAUUCUGAAUGUUGGCUGUGGGGAUUUUUAAAAUUGGCUCCAAAUUUUACCAAAAACACUAGCAGCGGUGCCUUCACAAAUUUGUUGAAAAAUAGGUAUUUUUCCAUGGAAGAACGUUACAAACAAGAUGUAGUAUUCGAUGCCAAAAAAGGUACGGACAUCAUUGCCACACGUUUCUUCAUACAGGCCAUAAAUAUCAACUCUUCCAUCAGAGAAAGGAGGAUGAUGGAACUUGCCAGGAAUAUAGCCGAAAAAAGCAACUUGUCUGUCACCGUUUAUCAUCCAGCUUUCAUUUACUACGACCAGUAUCUCUCCGUCAUUCCAAACACGCUCAUGAAUCUGGGAAUCGCGUGGGGAGCGAUGUUAUUGGUCUCCUUAUUAUUUAUCCCUAAUCCAAUCAGCUCCUUCUGGGUUGCACUGUCCGUGGCUUCCAUCGAGGUGGGCGUCAUUGGUUACGUAACUCUAUGGGACGUUCGUUUGGAUUACACAACAAUGAUAAAUUUGAUCAUAUGCAUCGGUUUCUCUAUAGAUUUUUCGGCACAUAUGGCAUAUGUUUUUGUCAGUGCGGAGGGAAGUGUCGAUGCUACCAGUGACGAGAUGACACCAAAGAAAUCAAAUGGACACGUGGAAAAUGAUCAAAAACCUCCUGAUUACGGUUCAACUGUCGAAAACGAACGAAAAGUGCCGACAUGCUCUGGGAAAUGUUUUGAAGCCGAAGAGGUUCCAGAGAAACGAAAUCAACUUUGGGUGACAUGGGUUUAG